AAAACAAUUGCUUGGAGGAGGAUGUAGAAUGAUGGUGGUGGUGAUGAUGGUGAUGAUGAUGAUGGUGGUUGUUGUGUGGUGAUGGUGUUGAUCAGGUCAUUGACACCGAAACGAAUCCUCGUGGAGCAGGUCAGCGGAAGGGAAUGGCUGAGGUCCGCGUGGUCCCAAGCGGGAAGGUGUAUCGACAGCUUUUUGAUGCCGAGGUGCAGCUGGUGCACUCUCUCGCCAGGGCAAGGCAACGCUGGGGCAGUCCAGGGGAGGGGCAGCUGCCCACCCACUUGGGGGGAUGGGCCCAUUUGGGGGGCUGGGCCCCCCGCAGCGAUGAGGCGGGGCCCCCGGGGACUCUGCCCGUCCGAGUGUGGAUGCUCGGCACUCCUCAUCGCCUCCAUAAACCGCCGGCGGCGUUCACACGGAAUGCCGAAUUGCUGCCGCACGUGAUAGGGGCCGAGACUGAAGAUGAAAUUGCUGCGAGGGAAGUCAGAAACCUUGCCGAUGACGUGGUGGCGCAGAAGGUGGGGUCAGACGUGGUCCAGAGGGUGACCGAGCGACGUCGGUUGAAGCACGAGGCCACCCUGCGCGACUUCUCCGUCGCGCUCGGGCAGAUCAACUCGGAUCUGGAGCGUCGCUACGAGGAGGCUGGGGAGAGGCUUCAUGGUGAUUUGUCCGCGAGCGACGCCGGCAUGGAAGAGCUGAUGUGCAGCGUGGAGGGCGAAGGGAAGCUUGCAUCGGUGUCAUUUCAGGAGCUGGAGGCGGCAUGGUCGGACGUAGAGAAGCGUUCGGAAUCGCGAGAGGCCCGGAUUCGCGACUUGGACGUUGCCUAUGGGAGGCUGGAGGACGAGAGGGCGGACAAGAUCGGCCGGGCGCUGAGGACGUACGCUCAGCUGAUGGAGAGAAUUGCCUUCGUCCGGCCUGAAGAAGUCCAGCGCUUGAUGGACGGGGAGGCAAUGAUGCUGAAUCAGUCGCUGCUCGCGAACCGACGUGCGCUGUCGCGUCUCUCGCUGCACCUCUCCGAAUCGGGGCUGCAGCUGGAGGCUUCGCUCAGGCAGCGCUGGGAGGAGGCCCUGCGGAUGUGGAGAGGACUGAGACGGGCGGCCGUGACGAAGGAGUUCCGCGAGUUCAUGGAGCGCCACCAGCUGCGUAGUCCACCUGGGGCGGACGCUCUGGUCCAGGCGACGGCGGAUGGACAGAGGGAGCUGAACGAGCGACGGAUCCGGCUGAUCAACUCGCUAGAAGACCUGAAGCCGCCCAGCGUCACGGCGGAGGCGGUGAGCGCGUGGAGCUCAUCCCUGGAUGCCCUCAAUCGGCAGAUCGACGAGCUGAACGUGCGCCACGUGGAGGGGCUGCGUGCCGAGUCCGAGGUCGCUCUCCGCCGGCAGCUGGACGAGGUGGAGCGAUGCCGGCUCGACCUGGUGGCGAGUGGCGUCUGUGCGGGCGAGGAGGAGGCCUGGGAGCUGGUGCGGCAUCACCUGCUGCCGCUGGUGGGGGAGCGCCAGAGGGGCUACGAGGAGGAGCUCGCCUCCGUGGAGGCAGCGCUGGAGCGGCAGGCGCGCCGCGCGGCGUCACGGAGCCGCCAGCUCGCUGCCUUCGCCCGCGGGGCGGCGCGGCUCUGGGAGCGCCACGUGGAGCAGCUGGCGCGGCGGGACGCGCGGCUAAGGGACAGGAUGGAAGCGUCGCGCAGGGAGCACGACAUGGCCAACCAGGCGAAGGAGGCGAGUCUGGACCUGCUGAUGGAUCAGCUGAGACAGGAGAGCUCUGAGCAGGCGUUGGAGGCCAGCCUGCAGAGAGCCCUCGGCAAGCUGGACUCCAUCAAGUCAGGGUACGAGGAGUUCCAUGGCCAGCAGGUGGCAAUAGUGGACGGCUACCCGGCGUCCGUGGCCAAAGAGGUGGAAUCGUAUGCCCACGCUGUGCAGGAGUACUUCAAGAGUCGGCAGUGGCGUGGUGUCGUCACAGCGACAGACGCUACGCCCGAGUCCGGAUCGCCGCCAGACCGCGACAAGGGCUCGAGUCUGGGACGCCGAGACCCUUGGCACGACGACAACGACGACGUCUUCCUGACGGAGACGCGAGAGCGGCAGCAGCACGAGGAGGUGGACGUGGAGGAGGUGGACGCGGAGGAGGUGGAGGGUCUGGAGGUCGCCAAGAAGCUGCCCUGCUACCUGGAGCACACGGAGCUGCGGGAAGAGCUGCUCGGGGUCGUCACGGAGAUUCUGGGCUGGGAGUUUGGCGAGCACGCGAUCCUGUGGCGCUCCUCCGCGGAGGAGCGAGCGCGCGCCGUCGCCGAGGCGCAGAAGGAAGAGCUGCAGGCGGAGCUGCAGCUGCGGCUGCAUCUGCACGGGCCCCGAGCCUCCCGCGUGCGGCGCGACGUGAAGCAGGCGCGCGCCGCGGAGCUGAGGGGGCACGGGGAGGAGAUGGAGCGGCACUGCGCGUCGGUGGGGCGAGCGCUGGAUGGUCUGCGCGAUGGCGUGGCCCUGCUCGACGCUCGGCAUGACGAGCUGGCGCGCCAGUUCCAGGCCAGGGUCAACGGCCACGACGAAGGAUUCGCGCGCGCCAGCAAACCCGACAGGCUGCAGAAGCUGAACGAGGCCCUGAAGGGAGACACGGAGGCGCACACGGAGGCCGUGCGCUCCUCCCUGCGCAAGUUUCGCAAGCAGCUCGAGGACACGGUGGCUCAACUGCGCGGAUCCAACGCCAAGUUCAUGCGCUCCUUCAAGUUGUUUUCGGAGGGUGGCAACUUCUCCCCGGAGGAGAUCGAGGCGUUCCGCAAGCGGCUGGAGAAGCUGUCGAGGCAAAUCGACGCGGCCGAGGGGCAGAGCGCAGCAAACCUGGAGGGCCUCGGCUCCAAGCGCAUGGAGCAGACCGCCGCGAUUGUGGGGAAAUUUAAGGUCAAGUUCAGGGUCAUGAUGUCCGACCUGGUGAUCCUGGAGAAGAUUCAACGCGGUCUCACCGGCGCGCAAGUCAGAAUCAAAACCGAGGUUGCAGCCAGCAACGCUCAGUCGCAUCGGAUCUUCGGGCUCCUUAAGCAGCUGCGGGAACGGACUGACGCGUGCUCCUCACCGCACGUCGACAAAGAGGCGGUGACGGUGGCCGAUCUCCUACAUCACGUGGAAGCCAUCGGGGAGGCGGUGGAGGCCAGGAGCGGAUACCUGGACUGCUUGCAGGCUGCGCAUCACGCGGCAGACGGAGCGGAGGGAGACGCUGAAUCGCUGGGCCCCAGAGCGACCACGACCGCCGUCGCGACCGCCGCGUCUCAGAAGCCGGACAGCCGCGUGGGCUUCAUGGGCCCCGGGUCAUGGGCCCCGUCCGGUCGCGCAAUGCGGCAGGCGGCCAACGACCCGGCCAUCGCCACCAUCCGACGCAUCCUGCGGACUCAGAGGGCCCGGGCCCUGCCGAAACGCGAAGCCGAGAUGAUCGAGGACUGCCAGUCGACAGCCACGGGUGCCGAGCGACGCCCUCCGUCACGACGCGCCACCCCGGGGAGUCCCGCGGCCCUGCAGGGCAGCGUCACGGCACCCGGAGCCAGCGGCGCUCGACACGCCAGGAGCAGGCCGGCACGCCCGGCGUCUGGACAGCGAACCUCGUCUGGAAGUGCAUCUCGCAGGUCGAAGCAGCAACAGCAAGCGGCCAUCGAGAAGCCGACGGACGUCAGCCACUUCGAGGGCAAGAUCGAUCAGAUACUCUGGGAGACGUACGACCCACUUCGCACAGCUAUCGAGGACUACUAUGGCCUCUACAAGCGCAAGGAUCGGCGCGGCGGAAUCCCGCGGCCCGUGGCGCUGCUGCCGGAGAGCGCCGAGCGGUGCGCCGAUGGUCUGGCGCUGAAGCUGGUCGCGUACCGGUGCCAGGCCCGCACCUACCGGCAGCACUGCGUCGCAGAUUUCCGCCAGCAGCUCACUGACCUGGAGAUCCUCAGUGCUGACAUCCCCGAGCAGAGAAUCGGAGAGAUCUUGCGGAGCCACCUGACCCGGCUGAGCCAAUCCCUGGAAGCGCUGAGGAGCGCGAUGGAACGGGAGCUCGAUGAGUUGGAGUGCAAAAAGCGUGAGAACGCGGGACGCUUGCGCCCGGCGCUGGGCCACCCGGACAACGCGGCGCAGCUGGGCGGCGUUCGCGACGACGAGGCGGAGAGGCAGGCCGCUCACCGGGAGGGAAUCUGCCGGCACUGCGACGCGCUGCAGGAAUGCGUGGCGAGCGAAGCUCAGGAGUUUGUUGUCCACCUGGCCGCCAUCUCCACGCUCGCGCUCUUGGCCUGCGAUGCCCUCCCUACCGCCAGGGACCUCAAGGCGACGGAGCCGCAUGUCGUGCAGGAGAAGACGUCGACGCUGCUCCGGACGAGGAGGAGGCGGGAGGAGGAAAGCGCGAGAGCUGUGGAGGAGGAGGAGGUGGAGGAGGAGUUGGAAGAGGAGGAGGAAGAGGGGACGUCAGGGCAGCCACCAUCCGCGCAGUAAGUUCUCGCAACUUCU